CAGAUCUUGCGGAUACGCCGCAAAGACAUCAUCCACUAUCAAUUGCUCGGGAGCCCGCAUGUGUUCGAUGUCGUCCAUCAUUUUCCGCAGCUCACUGACUUCAUUUCCAACUUUUUCUUCGGUUUUUUUGGCACUCUCCAGGGCCUUCUUCUUCUCGUCGUCGAUCAUUUUCAACAGACUUUCAACAUCAAAGGCGGGUAGUGGUUUCAUGUUUUCGAUUGCACGUUUGGCUUCAAGGACAACUUUCUUGUUUUUCAGAACGCGAGAGUAAUAAUCAAAGUCGAUGGAAUAUCUUUGCAGCUGCUCUUGAAGUGUCAUCACUUCUUUGACCAAUUCUGUAUGCUGCCGACGGAAGGCAUUGAGUUUUUGAGCGGUUUCAGGACGCAGUUUUUGAGUCACAGAGGCCCAAUUGAUUUUGGAAGCAGCAGUACUGGGUUUAGCUGACAUUUUGUGCUAGAUUUCGGAUCGUUCGAAAGCUUUGGUGUUCCAAGAUUGGUCGUUCACAUCACGUAAAACAUCCGAUCUGCUUUGGUAAUUGCCCCGCCACAUAUACCACGUGCCACACAAGUAUCCCAGCCAGCAGCCGUCUUCGUGUCUCAUCCCGUACACAUCUCCCAGACCAACUGAGCCAGCUUCAACCGCAAAGAUGGCCUCCGUAAUGCAAAUGUUAAUAGGAAAGAGGUUAUCACCCGAGGAACAGGUUAAAAAAUGGCGCCAAACAGUCCGUGCGCAAGAACGUGAACUUGAAAAGAGCAUGCGUGGCAUCGAUGCUGAGGAAGCAAAAGUAAAACGAGCACUCAAACAGGCAGCGAAGCGAAAUGACACCACCUCAUGUAAAUUGUUGGCAAAAGAGAUCGUAAGGAGUAGAAAGGCACGGGACCGACUCUACACCUCAAAGGCGCAAUUGAAUUCUUUGACAAUGCAUAUGCAGCAGCAGCUAGCGACGAUGAAAAUUUCUGGUACACUCCAAAAGAGCACAGAUGUUAUGAAACUCGUAAACAAUCUCGUAAAGCUUCCUGAGAUAUCUUCCAUAAUGUCUGAGAUGGGGGCAGAGAUGAUGAAGGCCGGAAUCAUUGAAGAGAUGAUGCAGGACAGUAUAGAAAUGGGAGAUGAGGAAGGAAUAGAGGAAGAGGCUGAGGACGAAGUGAGCAAAGUUCUUUUCGAGCUUACUGAUGGAAUGCUCGGAGAAGCACCUGGAGCGGUCGGAGCUCCAUUGGAGGAUCAACAACCACAGGCGCAGGAAGAGGAUCUGGAAUCGAUGGCAGCUCGAUUGUCAGCAUUACGAGCUUAACAGCGUCGGCCCAGUUGUCUGUCGUAUUUCUUUCUGAUAAGCUGCAUGUCGUCUUGUGGCGUGGUCGUAGUUUCCGCGAGAUGUGCCGCUGGGGGCCGGCGUCACGCUCAUGAAGGGGUAGUGAUGCAACAUAAUCACGUUGUUACUCAACCCGCUCCAUUAUUCCCUUAUUCUCCCUGUAAAUAUGACAUCGACCCGGCUAUACGUGACAAGAAGCGAGUAUUAUAAUAGAUGCUUGAUUUUUUCUGGAACCACGUCAUCUGCGAUUGCGGACAAUAGUAAAACCAAAUGGUCCCCAAAAUGUGGCAGUAUUUUUCUCUGUUCGGCAAAAAAAAAUAAGGAAAGCA